UUCCAGCGUCAUUUCUGUACUUUUUCAAUUUUUACAUUAAAAAACGAUUUUAAUAUCAAUAUUUAUAUUUAAAUAAUAUUUUUCUAAUUUACUUUUAAUAUUUCGUGCCAAAAAAGUGAAUAAAUCUUCAAAUAAUUUUAAUAGUUCAGAAAAUGACGAAAUUGGUCCCGCGUGUUUCCUUCCCGCGCACGUCGUACUAGGUGGAAGUUGGUCAUGGUCGUCCGCCAAACGGAAAGCCGCCAUGAUGGCUUUCUGUAAAGUACGCUCAAUAUGUAAAGUUUCGUUAAUGUUUUUCGUUAAUUGUGACUGAGUGCGUGCAAAAAUCAAUCAUGGGAACGAACUAGAGUGUGCAAAGUUUAGUUUUAGGUCCCUUGGGACCUCCUAGUGGAGCUAUAAAGUGUUUUAUAAGUGCAUUUUUGUGUCGACGCUAGCGUGUUUUGUUCUGUCAACAAAAUGUCGAAGCUCUCGUUUAGGGCGAGGGCCCUGGAUGCGUCGAAACCAAUGCCCAUAUAUCUCGCCGAGGAGCUUCCGGAUUUACCGGACUACUCGGCGAUUAACCGUGCAGUACCUCAGAUGCCCUCUGGAAUGGAAAAAGAGGAGGAAAGCGAACACCAUCUCCAGAAGGCGAUAUCAGGCACUGGUCUGAUAAUACCAACGCCUGAGGUAUGCCAGGUCAGCGACCUAGAAUUCUACGAGCGAUGUUACCCGCCCGAUUACAAAAUGCCCAAGCAGCACAUACAUAUGCAGCCGCUAUGGGAGGAACAAGAGGCGCCGGAAUACGAUAUCGACACGGACGACGAGCGCUGGCUGAAGCAGCAGAGGCAUCCAGAGCUCACAGAGCUAAAAUUCGAGCAGAUGAUGGACAAACUGGAGAAGAGUUCAGGCCAGACGGUCGUGACUCUCAACGAGGCUAAACUGCUUCUGGAGAGGAACGAUGACCUCGUCAUAGCCGUGUACGAUUACUGGUUGAAUAAGCGCCUCAAUACGCAACAUCCACUGGUCCUGUCAGUGAAAACAGAGAACAGGCCGGGCCAGUCCUCUAACAACCCCUACUUGGCGUUCAGGCGGCGGACUGAAAAGAUGCAGACUAGGAAAAAUAGGAAAAACGACGAGAGCUCAUACGAGAAGAUGCUGAAACUCCGUCGUGAUCUCGCUCGGGCGCUGAAUUUGCUGGAGCUGGUGGCGCGGCGCGAGAGUGCCAAGCGCGAGCUCGUGCGCCUCACCGCGCUCAUCGCCGAGCGCCGCUACGCCGCCGGCGACUUCGCCAACCAGCUGCUGCCCGACCCGCCGCCCAGGCCCGCGUACACUCCAGUCCCGCUGACGUCGUCGUCGUUCCGUCGCGAGGCGUACCCCCUCCCGCACUACACCCCGCGGCCGCCCCCCGCGCCCGUCGACCAGCCGCGACAGCGAGAAAAGCGUCCGUACAAGAGACGGAAACACAGGCAUCCCGUCGUCGGCUCCGUGCAGGGGCUGCGAGAUUCAGGCGUGUACACUUCUUCGGAGGAAGAGGGCAGCGGCCGCGCCGACGCCGCCACGCCGCCUGACGACGGGCCCUUCGCCUUCCGACGCAAGCCCGGCUGUUAUUAUGAAAUGCCGACGUCAACCCUGUACGGCGAUCCCGUGGACCCUGAUGAUCCCUCCAAAGACGGGAUGUUUGAGCACGAGAUGGAUGAGAGGCAUAGGUACACGCUGACUUCCCUCCGGUCAGGCUGCAUCGGCUUCGCCCGGCGGCGCCUGUGCCGCGGCGGGCGCGUGGCGCUGGACCGCACGCGGACGCCGCUGCACGACCUGUUCACGCGCCUGCCCUUCCCGCCCCAGCCCCACCAGCCACACGAGGACAUCGAAACGAAAGCGCAAAGAACUCCAAAAGAACUAUCAAUGGAUUACCACAGCAGCGGCAAAUAUCCUUGGAGACACGCCUUCCGACGCCACCUCGCCCGCAAUCCCGACCUCUGGACAGCCGAUACGGACAUCAAGCAGGAACCAACCAAGUCGGACUUACCCGACGUCCGAUCCGACCUGCCCGACAUCCGAUCCGACUUGCCCGACGUCAUCCAAGACAGUGUUAAUAGUGUUAAAAGUGAUAUUAGGUUUAGUGCAAGGACUUUGGAUGGUGUAGUGAGAGAUAAUUUGCAACGGGUGAUGAGGAAGAGAGCUUGGAGCGGGUGUUCGGAUAGCAGUUAUGAUUCGGAUGAGAGUCUGCAACCGGUUGAGAAGGAGUUUGAGCAGUUUAUCAAUGAAGUUAAUAAGAAAUGGUUACAUUUCCGACCAAAAACCCCCCCACCGUCACCCCCACGCCCAGAGAGCCACGACACCGAGUUCCCAGUGUCGCUACACACGCCCAUCGCUGUCGAGAUCCGGUCCGACACCGUGUCCGACACUCACGACACUUUCACUACCUCAGAGUUCACUCUCGCCGAUCUGUACCCGGAUAUAAACCCGGUGUUGGAUAAUAGUGUGGCCGGAUUAGAUGUUAGUUCGGACGAUUUGCUUAGUGAGAAUUUUACGGGUCUAUCGGAAAUGAAGGUGGAUAGCCUAGCGCCCGCGCCGGCGCCGGGCGGGCAGUUCCUGUCUGCGCCGGCGGCGGCGGGCGGGCCGGUGGUGGCUGCGGCGGCGGAGGCGUCGUUUUUAUCGCACGGCCAGAGUACGGGGGGGCGUGCCCACUCUGGCCCGGACUACAGAAAGGCGGACUCGUUUGGUUCGACCGUAGUGAACGUUACAAACGCGGAUAAGGAGCCCAUAUACAUCGACAUGGUCAAGCCCGAACCGCCGCCUAUCAAAAUCGAAACGCCCAAGCCAACAGUCAAGGAAGAGAAGAUUAUCGACGUGCCCGCCCCAGUACCCACAUCCAACAUUAUUAUAGAAGAAGUUAACGAAGUACCACAUAUUAAAAUCGAGAAGAAACGCAAAGAAGAUACUAUAGAGGAAGUUCAGUUGCCCCACGGGGUGCAGUUGAAGACUGUUCAGACGAAACAUUCGCCGCUGAAGAAGCAUAUUAUUAGUUCGGCGGGACAUCGCAGGGCGAGUGACGUCACAAUCGUGACGUCGGUGCCGGAUGGUCAGGCUCAGCCGCAUACGUCGCAGCCGCAGAUCGUUACCGUCGCUGUGUCUGAUAGUUUGAAGGUGCGACUACAGAACCACCUGGUGUCGGGGCAGGCGGGCGUGGUGGUGGGCAACGGGCCGUUCCCGGGCGUGGUGGGCGCGCGGGCGGGGGGUCUGCGCCUGCCGGUGCACAAGCACGUGCCGCUCGUGGUGCCGCACGCGCCGCACUCCAAGCUCAAGGUGCUGCACGCGCACCCGCUGUCGCACUCCCAGCGCGCCGCGCUGCUGGCGCAGAACCGCGCGCUGCACCUGCCCGCCGUCGUGUCGCUGGCGGCGCUGGACAAGGCGGCCGGCGGCUCCGUGGCGCAGCUGUUCGAGAUCAAGGCGGGGCAGCUGGGCAAGGGCCCGCACCUCGUCAACGUGGUGCGCCAGGCGGCGCCGCGGCCCGCGCUGCAGCUGGCGCGGCGCCCGCCCGCCGUCACCGUGGCGCCGCGGGCGCUGGUCGCCAACCUGCUGCACAAGGCCGUGCCGCUGCCGCACAAGCUGCUGCCGCCCGCCAACGUGUCGGCCAUCGCCUUCGCGGCGCCGCAGCUCAAGCGCCGGCCGCCGCGGCCCGACGCGCCGCCCGACGCCGACGCGCCGCCCAAGCCGGACCUGUCGCCCGAGGUCACGUGACAACCUCCUCUAGCUGCUAGAUUGUAUUGCGCCGUAGCUAGUGCCGAAUAGACUAAUGUUCGCGUUAUUGGGGUUUCAUGUAAACAAACAAAAUGGUAUCGAGUCGUUCGUUGCAUUAUUCAAAAAAAGCAGUGAGUUAGUUUUUCGUAGCAGUUGAUUGGACGUAAUGAGCUGUUAGGAAAAAGGGCUCGCAACAAAAAAACUCCCGGUUUAAGUAUGUGUAUACAUAUAUAAUUAGUAAGUAUCAUAUACUGUAUUAUCAUAUACAAAUGGCUCGGCCUCAUGUUGUCGUUGGGGCCUUAGACAUACGCUUAGUUGGUGACGUACCUCAUAAGUUCUGAAUUGUAGUUGUAUGUGAAUCCUUUCCUUAGCUUGUUGUUGUAAAUAUAUUAUAUUGUUACUGUGCAGCAAUAAUACGCCAUUCU